AUGCUGAUUAAAGUAGUUUGUAAUAAUCGUCUGGGAAAGAAAGUCAGAGUAAAGUACAAUCCAGAUGAUACUAUUAAAGAUCUAAAGAAACGGAUAACUGCACAGAUCAGAACCCAAUGGGAUAAGAUAGUUUUAAAGAAAUGGUACACAAUUUUUAAAGCCCACGUGAUGUUGGGUGACUAUGAGAUAGAUGACAGAAUGAAUUUAGAAUUGUAUUAUCAGUAG